UUUUAAGAAAAUAUGGCAACAAAUUGCUAAACAAAAGGAAGUGAGGCUCACACGAACUAAAUGUUUGUGUUUUGUUUAACGUUAAAUAUGCGAAGAAAAACGAUUUAGUUUGGUCUCAUCUCUUAGUUUAGCUCAUCACGGCAAACAUGGAGUAAUAUAAGGAAAGUGUAGCCAGAUUCCUUAGACGCUGAGACCUUCCAAGGGCCCUUCAGGGCCCAGGAAGAGCAUGCAUCGUGGUGGGGAGAAGGACUUUCAGAUAUCAGCAAGAAAGAUGGGCACAUCCUUGCUCUUCCAGCUGUCAGCUCAUGAGCGAGAGCUGGAUUUGGUUUUUCUGGAUCAUAGCUAUGCAAAACCAUGGAAUGCCCACCCAGAUGCCAGCAGUGCCAGACCCACAAGAACUCUGUUUGUUACCCCUCGUCGCCAGCCAGAAGCUUCAUCAGAUUCUGAUGGAUUAAUUGAUGUGGAAACCAUCACACCCACACCUGUUCCUCUAUAUGAUAAUUAUAAAGCUCUUAGUGUGAUGAAGGAAUGUGAACGCCAUGUCCUGUUUGCUCGCACCGUAGCAGAAAGCCCCCCACCCCCAGACGAUUGGGAAGAACACGUUAACAAGACAGGAUGGUCAGUGACUCAGAACAAAUUGUUCAACAAAGUCCUCAAAGCUCUGCAAGCUGAGAGACUGGCCCGUCUGGCCAAUGAAAAUGCUGCCAAUGAGCCCAUUUUGCGCAGAAUAGCCGUGGACAAGUGUGCCAGGAAGGUACGACAUGCAUUAGCCAGUGUAAAUUGGGACACCAAACUGACACAGUGGUUACACACCACCAUGAUUGAAUCCUUGAGUCUCGCCAUGCUGGCUGCUUAUUUGGAUAUACUGCAGACUCUCAAAAGCAAGUUGCCUUCGCUGAUUGACAGGAUGUUGCUAACCACAACCAAGAGUGGUGCGCCAAGCGCUGAGGCCCUGUCAUUGUUAUUAAAACGUCCUUGGGACCCAGCUGUUGGAGUAUUGUCUCAAAAUAAACCGAGCAAGCUUCCUGGAUCCCCUCUUAUCCUAAUUGCACCAUCAAGCCCGACUAACCCUGCCCUCUCUACUUCACGGCGAAUGAGAUUCUGGCAGUCGCAGCUCUCCUGCCUGGGAAAGGUUAUUCCUGUGCACACCCAUGUAAACAGUGGAGCCAAUAUUGGCAUUACUCAGUGUCUGGAGCACAUGCUGGGCACCGUCAGAGCCAAGGUUAUGGAGGUGCACAGUCACUUCCCCCACAAACCCAUUAUUCUGGUCGGUUGGAAUGCUGGGGCUCUCAUUGCUUGUCAUGUAUCCCUCAUGGAGUAUCUUACUGCUGUGGUGUGCCUUGGCUUCCCCUUACUAACAGUUAACGGCCCGAGGGGGGAUGUUGAUGAUCCCCUUCUGGACAUGAAGACCCCAGUGUUGUUUGUGGUCGGUCAGAGUGCUCUGCAGUGUAGCAUCGAAGGCAUGGAGGAGUUCAGAGAGAAGCUUAGGGCAGACAACAGCAUGGUGGUGGUGGGAGGAGCUGACGACAACCUCAGAAUCAAUUCAGCAAAGAUGAGGUCUGAGGGGCUAACGCAGACCAUGGUGGACCGCUGCAUUCAGGAUGAGAUUGCUGAUUUUUUGUCUGGAGUCCUUACUCGGGCAGAGGGCCAUGGCCAUGGCUCCGGGGAGAUGAGGGACAUGGACACAGAGAAGAAGAAAAGGCCUCGACGAGAGCUCCCCUUUGACAUGGAUCGAGGACGACCUUCUUCCCCUGCACUAAGAGUUCCCAUAUCCCCCUCAGGGUCAGAGGAUUUGUCUAGUGUCUGCAGCAGUCCCACUUCAAGUCCAAAGCCCAAGACAUCCGGUCUGUCUCCAGCUCAGAAGUCCAGUCUUAUCACAGCCACACAGCUCCUCAAGACUCACAUGCAGCGCUCUGGGACAGUCCUUACUCAUAAGCAGGCCCAAGCUCAGUUUGCUGCUUUUAUGAAACAAAAUGUGCUUGUGAGGAAAAAUCUUCCUCCUGGCACCUCUCCUUGUAUUUUUGUGCCAGUAUCCAGUGAUCAGAUGGAGGGCCUGGACAGAGACGAUGUGAGGCCACAUGGCAAGAGAAGGCAAACGCCGAGCCCCACACCAAGCAAAGCCUCGAAAAGAGCCAAGAUCAAGGUCACCAUAGUUUCCCAAAGUGAAUCAGCAGGUGGGACCAUCAGUCCAACCGCACAAGAAGUGAGUGUUUCUGGGAAGCCUCUUACUGUGACAGUCGGACAGUCUGUAGCAGGAGCCAAGGAGCUGUCUGGACUUCUCACAGGCCAGCGGUCUGGUAGUCUCUCAGAGGUGUCUAGUGCCCUGUCCCCAGGCUCCAGCUCUUUCAACAACGUGCAGCCUUGCAUGGUGUCAGGGUCCUCCACACCAGUCCAGGCGCAAGCUCCGGCUUCUGCCCAAGCUCCUUCCGCCAGCAGUCUGCUACAAGGCCUAAGUUUCAGUCUUCAGGAGAUCGUCACCAAAGCUCCUAGCUUACCUUCCACAGCCGCCAACACUGGAAGCACCCAGGCGGUUUGUGGCAAACCCCAGGGUCAGGUCCUCAGCUCCAUCAGUACCAGCAGCAGUACUCUGCUCCGGGCUGUGCCUGUGGUCACCGCAGGGGGAGUGGCUAAAACCACCGCCAUCCACCAGCUCCUUACCAACGGUGGGCUGGCCAAACUCGCCAGCAGCUUACCCGGCCUGGCACACAUCACCAACCAGACCUCUGUAGGGCAGAAAGCCCCCACUUCUAUAACAGUGACCCUCCGCGGUGGACAGCCCAGUAGAGUGGGAUCACUCAGCCAGACUGGUGAGGCUGUGACACCAACUCGCACCCAUGAGCCCAAGCAGCAGUAAGACAUUUCAGGUUCUGUGGUGAAAUGUGAUGUUCCUGAUCCUCUUGGAAACUACAGCCUGCUGAUGAGACCAAACUGUCGCUGCAAGGAUAAACACAACCCUGCAGUGUGCAGAUGACCUGCCUUACAUCCUCCAGAGGUCUCCCCUGCCCUCAAAGCUGCAGAAGACCAGGCAGUCACCGGCGGCUGUGGCUGAGGCGUUGUACGAGCUGCUGUGAUACGCAGCGUGUCAGUACUCACUGCAGAGGGGUCUUCAUGCCCGAGUCUUCCCUCCUUUUACACCUUUAACUUGAACGAGCAAAGGCAGAUAUACAACAUAAUCUCAUGUGAGCCUCCAGGGAGGAUUUUAUGUCAUGAAGAUAAACUGCAGCAUGCUGGGACUGUGACAGAACCCUUUUAUAACCUACAAAAGGACAGAUUUGCAGCUCUGGCUGUGCUGACUGUGCCUACUACCUACUAAAACUACAGAAAACCGUAUCGCUAUUUUCUGAUUAGUAAUAAUGAAAUCCCUUUGUUGCUGUUCUUUUUAUAAUUAUAUUCACAUUACAUCAAUUCAUCAUAAGAAUUGCUUUUUGUGUUGCACUUUUCUGUGCAAAAGUCAUGAAUGGCAGCAUAAUCUAAGAUAUGUUAAAGAUCUACAUUGCAAUAUUUAUUAAGUCAAUAUUGAUCUUUUUUGUGACUUCAUAACUGAGUGCACCUAUGAAGGAUGUUCAACUGUGUUUUUGUGUCACUUAACUCCUCAAUGUUGUUCCAUAGUCUAAACUAAAUUUUCCAUUUCAUUACAUCCAAAGUGUUAUGUGAAAAUGAGAAAUUGUAAACACUUUUUGCCACUUACUGACACAGUAAAAAAGCAUGAAGACACUUAGUUGUUGCCUGUUCUGUAAUGUAAAUAUUUGGCCCAGUGUGUUCAACAGCUAUAAUGUUGAGCAAUCUUAGUAUUUCCUCCGAAGCCCCUCUUGUUCAAAAUACAAUGAUGGAGCUUACUCUCCUGCAUGAUAGUUAUACUGCUGUGUUUACAGCAACAGCAUAAAUACAGCCCACUCAUCUCAGCAGACAUCCUGUCUUAAAUUCCGCUCAUAAGCAGCAGCCAGAUAAGAUAAGGAGAGUGCGUCUCCCCCUCUUAUAUAAGCCUGGGUUUGUACGUAAUAAACAGGGAUAUCAUAACUGAUGCCAGUCACAGAACAACAGAUCUGCUGGCAUCCUUUGUCCUGCAUUGUGAUUUACUUGAACUCAAAAUGCAAUAUUCUAACAUUUUGAGACAUGUCUCCAAUUUUUUCAGCUGUAGGCUAUAAUUAUCAAAAAUUACAAUUUAAAAAAAUCUUUGAAACAGUUUAAUUUACAGGUAUUAUGUGGGCCUAGAAUAUACACCAUUUUCACUUUCUGAAAUAACCAACAAAAAUAUUGAGCUUUUCGACGACAUUCUUAUUUAGAGAGCCACUUCAUAGUCUCCCAUCAGCAGAAGUGGACGCUCGAGCAAUUUUAUAGAAGUCUCUCCAUUUGACCCCUGAUGAGGACACGAACACUACAGAACAUUGUUUGGUUAAUUCACUCUGAAAAAAUUGUUUGAUUUAGGAGAUGGAGCAGAGAAAUGGAAAAUUAAAUGGAUCCAAUAUUCUAAAAUUUCUUAAGCAAUUAUAAGUAAACAGUGACUGAGAUGGCUCUAUCAGCUUUAGCCCAUUCUGAACAGAUUUCUGUAAAUACAAGUAAUAUCAUUUGACCCCAUGCCCCAAUUGUUCACAACAAACUCUUAAUAAUGUCUUUUUGUGACUUUGCUGCAGUGUCUAUAUUGUCUGUUGUUCUGUGCAUGAAUGAAUACAUUAUUUACACUGUUUCUUCCACUCUAUCUGUAUUGUCUGUAUUUAUACUGUCCUUUGCCCAUAUGAGCUGAAUGCUGCCAAAUGAAUCGACCGAUUCCAGAUGAAUAAAGGUGCCUGAUCCAGU